UGUGUAACAAAUACACCAGUAAUGGACCCCAGAUAUAGUGCUCAAGAAGUACUACUCUGUGACCUGUGUGAUAAAGAUGUGUUACAAACUCAUUGUGAACCUUGUAAUGUAAACCUUUGUUUAAACUGCAUUGGAAAACAUCUGUCUGAUCCGUCUAAAAGACACAACGUUGUGCCAUAUAGACAAAUAAAACAGGACCAACAGCAAAGCUUUACUCCCAUUUAUCCGAAAUGUUCAAAACAUGCCCCCAAAAAUUGUGAACUUUUCUGUGAAAGAUGUGACAUUUCUGUUUGUUCUACAUGCCUCUCCUCAGGUACACAUAAAGGACAUAAUUUGUUGGAUAUCCUACAAAAACACAAAUCUAUGGUAGAAGAUCUUAAAAUUGAUCUGGCAGAGCUCAAACAUAGGAUAAAUCCCACCUUUCAAAAUAUUGCGUCAGAUGUAAAGGUCGGAAAAGCCAAGUUGGACAAGCAUUAUGGGCAACUGACAACAGAUGUCAUAAAACAAGGAGAGGGCUGGCAUAGUGAAAUUGAAGUAAUUGUGAACAAAAGAAAAUCGGAAAUUGAAGCGAUGAGGAUGAAACACUUGAUGGCCCUUGAAAAGCAGGAAGAUGAAAUUGCAAAAAUACUGUCAGAGAUAAAUCGGAGCACUCUUUAUCUGGAGAAAAUACUCUCAUCCAAUGAUGUCUCUUUAGCAUUUGCAAACCAAUCCAGAAAUUCUGAAUUUAGGAAGUUGCCUCCUAAACUCAAUGCAUCCUUACCAAGUUUUUCUGCUCCGAAGAUAAAUACAGAAAACCUCAAUCUCUUAUUUGGGUACAUCUCAGAAUUAUCCAUAAGUACAGAGGAUGCUGAACCCCCAUGUCUCCCCCCAUUCAAACCAUUCCUUGAUGAACCAGAGCUCAUCAACACUCUGUACACUGAUUUUGUGAAUCUAACCAGUGUUACAUGUCCUAAAGAAGAAAAAAUCUGGACAUGUGAGAGAAAAGAAAUUAUGAAACUCUACAAUACCGAAAGCAAGCUACUAAUACCAAUCAAAAGUAAGUCAGGGAAGGACGUCGAGGACAUAGCGGUGAUGAAAAGUGGAGAAUUAGUUUAUACUGAUCCUGGUGAAAGAACUGUGAACAUAGUGAAGAAAACUCAAAUAAAAGAAUUGAUCAGACUUCAAGGGUGGAGACCCCGCUUUCUCUGCAAUACCUCCUCUAACGAACUUCUGAUUACCAUGGACAAUGAUGAUAAACAAUCAAAAGUGGUUCGUUACUCUGGCUCUACAGCAAAACAAACUAUUCAAUUUGAUGAUAGCCACCUCUCUCUGUAUUCAUCAUCUGGUAACUUUAAGUACAUUUGUGAGAACAAAAAUAUGGACAUCUGUGUCGCAGACAAUGGAGCCGAGGCAGUAGUGGUUGUGAAUCAUACAGGAAAACUCCGAUUUAGGUACACUGGUUGCCCCUCCUCUUCCGGACGUUUUUAUCCGUAUGGCAUAACUAAAGACAGUCGGAGUCAACUUCUAAUAUCAGAAAACCUCAGAGGCCGUAUUCAUAUUUUAGACCAAGAUGGACAGUUUCUUCGUUUCAUUGAAACCUUUUAUCUUGUCAGUCCAUGGGGCUUAUGUGUUGAUAGCAAAGACGACCUUUUUGUGGCCCUGAGCUCGAAUGGAGAGGUGAAAAAAAUCAAAUACAUGUAGACAAUACAUUAAUUACAGGAAGAAACUGUGGUGAGAUCAUAGGGAUGCUCUGAUAGGAGAGGAAAUCAUCAAUAUGACACCUUCAAAUGUUGUCGAAUAUUAGUUUUUGCAAAUAUCAACGAUAUUUGAGGCUAACUGCCAAUAAAUAUGUACUGCACUGCGCUUAUAAUUAUUCAAAUGAAAGUACAUUUCCCCACUUUCUCACUCAAGGGACCAUCAAGUAUUAAUAACAAAAAAUCCCCCCCUCUUUCUCUAAAUGAUUCCAUAAUAUCCAACACAAAGCUCUUACU